GUCAUGUUUCGAUCAUAUGAUGAUCACGGAGAAUCCAUACUGUUUUAAACAUUUCUGAACAAUCGCUUCCGUUUUAUAUUGAACCAAUUGAGCCAAAAAACGUAAAUGAGACGACACGUCUAGUUGAUGCAGAUGUUGGUAGACUACAUGGACGAACAAAGCGUUUUAACUCCGAGCGAAAACGAUCGCGAAGAGAGCAAUCUAGUCGUAUUGACAUGGCGAACUCGCUUGUGUUACGGUGUCGGGCAUAUUCUAAACGACCUCUGUGCGAACGUUUGGUUCUCCUAUCUUCUUAUUUAUAUGCAAUACGUUGUACAAUUAAGUCCUAUUACGGCAGGAUCUUUGUUACUCGUUGGACAAAUUGCGGACGCUUUGUCCACUCCAUUUGUAGGUAUUGAAUCAGACAGAACUGGUUAUAAUAAAUACGGAAGAAGAAAACUUUGGCAUUUGCUUGGGGUGACUUGUGUAGCCGUUAGUUUCCCUUUUAUUUUCACAAAAUGUAUUGGCUGUGGAAAAUCUUCGGAGUACGCUUUGGUUAUAUAUUACGUACCAUUUAUCGUCAUCUUCCAAUUUGGCUGGGCAUCCACACAGAUUUCUCAUCUCGCCUUAAUACCUGAACUUAGUGAAUGUAAAAUUGAAAAGGUGACCUUGAAUGCUAUUAGGUACGCAGGGACUGUAUCUUCAGGGAUAGUUGUGUAUCUGGUCUUCUGGUAUCUCAUCAAUACCAUGAAAUCCUGCGAUGUCAUUGGCCCAGAUGACCAUGAUGAGUUUAUGUAUUUAGCACUGAUAACGGUUGCUUUUGGACUUGUUUUUAUGUUCAUUUUUCACCUUGGUGUGAAAGAGAGGCCACGAAAAUCUUCACAUAUUGGGGAUUCCAAAAGCAAACGAAACGCAUCCGAUUGGAAACUAUGGUUCCGAGAGAUUGAAUUUUACAAGGUUGCUUUGAUAUAUAUGUGCACCAGAUUGGUUGUAAAUAUCUCUCAAGUUUAUACACCUCAGUUUACUAAAGUCUCACUGGAACAUAAAAAGGAAAUCGUUGCUAUAAUACCACUGAUUGUUUUCGUGAGUGGUUUCUUAACGACUUUGGCUGCCAAACCAUUAAAUGUCCACUUGGGACAAAGGGGGACCUACAUUAUUGGCCUGUUAAUAGUUAUCUCAAACUGCGUUUGGACCUAUUUUAUCGAGAAAAAGACGAUCCAAGUGUACGGUUAUGGUGUAUUACUUGGUGUAGGCGGAUCUUUAAGUCUCGUCACCUGUUUGGGAAUGUUAGCACAUCUGAUUGGUGAGAAUGUUGAAACGGGUGCGUUCGUUUAUGGUGCGAUGAGUUUUCUUGACAAAAUAGCAAAUGGAAUUGCAGUACAGAUCAUUCAGGUCUUCCACGGAUCCGUGGCAUGCGAAGCCUGUCUCUAUCGUCAUAUUAUAAUGUACGUUCCUGGUGGGGCAGCUGUGUUUGCCUUGCUCGUAGCUGUGAUGUUAAACCGAGAUUUUGAUCGUUCGAGCGCUGAGACCCCAGAGCCAAAGAAACCACCUCAAAAUAUACAAAACUGUAUAGCCGACCGAGAAGCACUGUUGGCAGACGGUUCUGGAUCAAUACAAGACACAGGGUACGGUAGCACUUGUUGCGAGGAUCACAAAGGGUUGAAUAGAGCGUGGAAAGCGAUGGAGACAUAGUUCCCGCCAUUUUUGGAUGCGAAGUCAUUGCUAUAGUUGAUUGUCCUUCAGGAUUUCGCCACAGUUAUUAUGCAAACGAAAUCGUCCCAUCAUGCACACACUGAUUCAGAUUUUACAACAUUGAGCACUACGUAGAAGGUUCCGGUUACUUCACAAUAGAAAUUGAAAAUAAAACGACAAAAGUCUAAAGAUUUAAGCCUGGGUUUUCAUAGGUCGUAAUUCAUCGGCGAUGUUCAACGAUCCACUGUCGGUGAUCAACGAAGUGGAUAAUAUCUUCCGACAAGACAGACAAAGCAUUUUAUGCCAAUGAUUUUUUUCGCUACUGUCGCCGAUGAAUAACGAUAUAUGAAAGCCAAGCUUCAUAAAACGUAAAAUGCCUAGAAGCUAUAAGACGAUUUGAAAUCCAAGAAAUGGUUUCAAUGCUAGUAAAUAUAGUCAUGUGCUCUUGCAUAUGCAAUUAUAUUUAGUGUGCACACGAGUAUCUUUCAACUCCGAAUUUAAUUGAUUUAAAAUUUAAUACUCUUGCUUCACAAAAUUGAAAUGUUAUAUUUCAGAAGUUCUUCUAAAAAAAA